AUGGAUUUUUGGCACAAGAUGAUCUUCCCUGUCCGCCGCGUCUGGCUUACUGUCUCUGCUCGCAUCAAAGCUCGCAAAAAUGGUGCCGGCCUUUUGAAGCUUCAUGACGAUGUACAAACCUGUGGAUAUCAAGAUGUGCAGGUGAUGUGGCAGAUGCUGAGCAGAGACACUGAGCUGACAAGUCACCAUUCCAAACGCAAACAAAGACCCUUCUGGAGAGUUUUUGAAUUUUCUAGCAACAAUAGUAAACCCUCACCACUCUCUUCAAAUCAUGCAUGA